CGAUUCAUCCACAACCCGACCCGGAUCUGAAUCUUGCAUACCACUUUCUAUAUAUAGUAUUUAUAAACCCUAGUGAUUUGUUAAUUCAGUUUACUUUCUAAUUAAUCACCUGAUCAUUCGUUAGACGACUGCACCUACGGAGAGGAGAUCAGAAGAUGGCGAUGAGAUCUGUCGUUUCCCGCAGUGGACUGUGUCGUUUGAUGGAAGGCAACUGGCGAUCGUCUGCUUCGAGCCUUCGCUACUUUAGUGAUGACAAAGGCCGCGUCCUCAGCGAAGAAGAGCGUGCUAAGGAAACCAUGUAUAUUCAGAAAAUGGAGAAGGAGAGGCUGGAGAAGCUGAAGAAGAAGACUGAGCAGGAGAAGGCUGAGCAGGAGAAGUCUGAUAAGGCUGGAGAAGCAGCUCAAAAGAGCUGAAGUGGGUUUUCUGCUCUUAGUUGAUCUGUGAACUCCUGGUUGUCUUUCCCCUGGAGAAAAUAAAUGUACCAGACUUUGCAAGACUCCCUUUAGGCCUUGGUACCUGUACAGAGUUUGGUAUCUGAUCAAUGUUUCAAGUGUACUGCUGCAGAGUUGUGUUCCAAUGUGGUAGUAUAUUUAAUUCAGGUUUCUUUAAGCUUUCUUUCUGAUUUCUUUCCAGAUGGUUUGUACUUCUGGCAUCUUUAAUUGCACGUUUUAAAUCCACAAGGCACAAUCAUCUCAA